UAGAGGGCAGUAUUCUGUAAAAAUGUCGGCUGCAAGCGGUGUUGACGUGUUGCAAGGGUAUUUUGAAAAUGUCAAAUCGGAGGUUUCAAAGCAAGAUCCCAUCAUUUUGGGUGUUGCAGUCGCAAUUAUUGUCAUUCUUUUCACCAUGGUCUUGCUGAGAUUGUUCAGAGGAAGUCGAAACAACCGCCGUUCUGUCCUUGUGCUUGGUCUCUGUGAGUCGGGAAAAACUCUUCUUUAUAGCAGGCUCGUUCACAAAAAGGCCAUCGAAAGCUACACAUCAAUCAAGGAGAACUCUGGGCCAUACCAGGUCAUAGGUCAAAGUUCAAUGUUACUUGAGGUCAUUGACAUCCCUGGCAAUGACAGGCAAAGGAUACAGUUCUGGAAUCGAUUCAAGACCCAAGCAAGGGGAGUGAUAUUCCUUGUGGAUAGUUCAAGCAUAACCAAAGAUUUGAAGGAGGUAGCAGAGUUCCUCUACACGCUCCUGAGCGAUUCAACAACCACCAACCUCAACACACCGUUCCUUAUAGCUUGUAACAAACAGGACAUCACCAUGGCGAAGUCGGCGAGGAUCAUCCAGACUCUCCUGGAGAAAGAAAUGACUACUCUGAGAGUAACCAGAGCUGCCACUUUAUCCAGCACAGACGGCUCAGCCGGAGACACCAACAAGUUCCUUGGGAAGCAAGGAAAGGACUUUGAUUUCUCCUACCUCUCCAAUCCUGUUGACUUUGUGGAGUGCAGUGCUAGAGGAAGCUCGGCCAGUGAUGAAGGCGAGCUCAACACCGUCUCAGAGUGGAUCUCAAAUCUAGUUUGAUAUGCCUAUGCUUCCUACUUUGACAAAAGGAAGCAAGAGCCAUAUUAACUGAAAUUAAGUUUCUAGUGUGCUUAUGUCUUACAAGUUGAUUUCUUCUUCCAGGCAAAAUUUUAUAGAAAUAUACUGAUCCUACUAUGGGAUAUAGCUGGUUAACCAUCUUGCCAAUGCAUUGGUGUCAGUCACAGAUUCGUUUUGCUCUUGAGAGGAAAUUACACUUGUGUUACUUCCUUUUGUCAAGGUAAGGCUGUGUGUACCUGACAAGGGAAGGCUGUUCCACGCUUCUCAUCCAUGUGACUGUAAUUUUGUUUAGAAAAGAUGUGCUCUUGACAUUCAUGUGUCCUUAUCUAGACCGAAAGGGGAAGGUGGUUCCAGGAGUGUUGACCACAUGCCCACAUUGGUAACUAAGGCACCUCUUCUAAGGUCAGUGCUGCAUCUAGCAUGAGUCUCAUUGUAUUAAAAGGAGCUAUGCAUGUUUUCUCAGUGGCUCUCCUGCAUUUCCCAUUGUCCAUCAUGAAAUGUGAGAAUUAGUCAUUGUGGUUCCAGGAUUGUUGACCACAUGCCCACAUUGGUAACUAAGGCACCUCUUCUAAGGUCAGUGCUGCAUCAAGCAUGAACCCUGCUGUUAAGUUGCUUCGCAUCUUGUCAUAACGGCUUUCCAGCAUUCCCCAUCGUCUUGUCUAAUUAUAAAAUGUAAGUGGGCAAUUCCAUGAAAUAUGUACGUCCGACCCCCUAUAUGUGGGACCUUAAUGAAAUUUUCUGUCUCUGAUUUCUUGUUCCUUUGACAGUCUGUAAUGUUCUCAAGUCAAAGGACCAUGACUUGAUCAGUUUAUGGAGUGAAGUAAGACUUGACAAAAAAUGGGGGUUGGACGUACAAAAAGGUUGAUCAUUUUAUGGAAUUGCCCAAUUUUAAAAGUCGCUUGUGGGUUCCCUGCAGGAAAGAUGUGGCUCUGACUUUUGACAAGGUGCCCAAGAAGAUUUGUACUCUUUGUUGAUAUCCAUGUUUUUUUUUUUUUAACUGGAAUAGAAACUGUCGGUGAUAUGGAUGCAAGUAUGGUUUCCCUCACAGACACCCACCCUGUAAAUCAUAUUUGUCAAAAGACAUAAUAGGUUUUGAAAUGAGUGUUAACUGCAUAUACCAAUGCUACCAGUGGCAAAAUGAAUGAAAUAUUUGGAAUUUUUGGUCCUCACAAGCUACCCCCCCAAAAAAAAAAAAAUCGAGGGGGGGGGGGGGAAUUGUAUCACUUGAAGAUUGGAUGUAAAUUGAUGUGGAUGUGUGAUCGGUGACACAACAAAUGCUUCUGUGACAUUCGCUCUGAUCUUGAUAUCUCAGAGGGCAUACGGUUAGAGUAAGAAUUAUAAUAGGUGUUUUUGGUUCAGAAUAAUGCAAUAAGGGUUAGGUUUUGGAGGUUCGGUUUUAUGUUCGGCUUAAUGUGCAGAUUUUCCUUCGGAGCGAUUGUCCCCGUAGCAAAUGUCAGGGAACAGUGAUCAUGCUAUUCAAGGGAGGGGGAUGAUGACACAAUACCCCCCCCACACACACGCAAGGUUUUCCGCUCAAAUCUACACCAGUCACAAGUUGUAGCAGAAUAAGUAAAGACAAGAAUAUUCAGUGUCUGUGGAAGAUGCUGAGGUGACACAGAAGUACUGUAUAAUGGUUUCUUUGAUAAGGAAGAAAGAGAUGACAAAAAUUGCUAUCCUCACCAACAUCUGACAAGUAAUUUCAACUCCAGAAAGUGCACACUGUAUUAUAUUCUGUUGUAAUAAUAUCUUGCCUGUGUACAAGUCGUAGUUGUCUUUUGAAUUCUAAAGAAACAUGAAAACACUUAAUAAGACACAUCUUGCAUAGGAACUAAUGAAAGUCUACUUUGAACUUUUGGCAAUUUUUCAUUUUAUUUUAGUAUUUUGUUCAUAGUUCCAGAACUACUAGUAUUCCUUUUCUUAUCAUUGAAAAAUGUUUUGUUAGACUCAUUACUUUUCUUUUGUUUUCUGAAAAGUUUCAUUAAAAUUGCAUGAUGUACCGUAUAUUCCAGUGGUACAAUGUUUUCCACAAUUUGUUUGCCAAAGCAAGUAUCCUUGUUUGUCAUCUGUUCAUUGAAAAGAUGUGUCAAGGUUCGAACAGACAUGAUGCAACAACACUCGGUCACAAAGUAUUGAGGCUGUCUCACAAAGAGUUCGGUGCAUGAGUGACUUAAAGUCACGUUAAGUGCCGACGUGCACAUAUCAUAUAAUGCGCAAUGUUAAUGAUUGUAUGAUUUGACCAAUGUGGUGAUGCCUUUUAAAUGGCGCGCAACUGGACAUUUAAGUGUGACUUAAUGUCAUACUUAACUCUUUGUGAAACACUCCCAGGUACAUGUAUACCAAUGGCAACCUAUUGCUAUUUUAUUUCCCAUAACUACAAUCAAAAUAACACAAAUCACUAUAUUCUUGCUCUUGCAUUUAAAAAAUAAAUUUACCUUUUCAAUUUUAAAGAAGAAAAUAUCCACAUUCAUACAGUAUAAAGGAUACUGAACACUCUUACUAGAUGUACAUUUAUAAAAAGCAAAAUCUUUAAUAAAUUUUAUAACAGUAAGCAUUGUACAUUUUAAGAAAUUUCAAUAUUUCAAUUGAGAUUUUAGUUUCAAGUAAAAUUUGUCCUUAAAAUAUGAAUAUGUAUUAUAAAAAAUUAACAAAAACGUAACAUAUCAACAGAGCCAAAGGAAAAUCACAUUAUGUAGGUAAAAAUGACCAUGUGUGGGGCAUGUGAAAAAACAAAUCUGCUUUUUAUUUUCUUGCACUUUUGUAUGGACUUGUAUUUUGUCCUUGUGACAAUUGAUGAUAAGUAUACUCUAUAUUUUGAAAUAUAUUGUUUAGGAAAUUUGAACAUAUACCCUAACUUGUAAUAAAAAUAGAUUGCUCAAUAUGAUUUCAGAUUAGUAUACAUGUACAUAUAUAAAUUAAAUAUUAUACACCUCAAUAUCUGUAUUAACAUUGUUUAAAAAGUCUCAUACCGGUAUUACAUUACUGAAUUCAUUGUAUACCUCAACAUCUAUAUCAACAUUUUUAAAGAAGUUUCAUACUGGUAUAUUAUUGAUAUACAAUCACAUCAAAUGUGUUUACACAUUCAUUGUCACAUUCUAUGAUGUCAUACCUGUUUGUAUGUUUCAAGUGCAUGAUAUAAUAUGUUACUGCUAAUAACAGGUAAGUACAAUUUUGGAAUCAUCAUUUUUGUUUGAAAGUGGAAAAGGAGAAGGGGGAAGGAGAAGGAGGAAGAAGAAGAAAAGUAAGGAGGAAGAGAACAAGGAGAAGGGGAUGAAGGAAGAGAAAGAGGAGAAGUAGGAUCAUAAGAAUGAUGAUGAUGAGGAGAAGAGUAAAGAUGAGAGGAAAAGAAGAGUAAAGAAUAGAAAUUGGAGAAGGGAGGAAGGAGGAGAAAGAUAUGGCAAGGAGGUGAGGAAAAAGAAGGGAGAGAAGAAAGAAGAAUUUUCCUUCCCUCACUUAUGACAUGCACAGGAGGCUACUUAACAUUGGAGGAAGUAAUUCAUAAAUAACGUUCACAAAGUAUGAAAGUAAAGAUCAUAGAAAAGGCACAUAAAUAUAAAAAUGUCUGCAUAUCUUUAAAGUAUACAAAAUCAAAUUAGAAUU